AUGGCUCAUAUCGCCGACAGCAUAGCCAAUGCGGCGAGCACUGUUGGCUUAAAUAACUUAAUAGCUCGUGAAUUGAGUGUAUCCCCUUUAGCUCAGGAUCUUCGUUCAGAAUCCCCAGUUACGGAAGAGAAAGAAAAACACAUUUGGCGAAUGCAUCAACCUAGCGAAGCACCACGAAAAUAUAGUAUAUUUCCAUUUAAAGAGAAGUUAUCGAUUAGCUCAAAUCGACAUAAUCCAAGUACAGAAUCAGCUUCGACAUCGGUAUCGGGAGAGAAGCAUAAUACUCAAAAGUCAAAAGAUCCGAGUAAACGAAGGAAACCAAGCAUCACCGAAUUAGGACCCAUGACCACUGUACAUGAAGCCGCGAUGGAUUCUCCUACUAUUCCAGGACGACCUCCUUUACACGAAAGAUCCUUUAGUGCACCAGGUGGCAAAUGGAGGCAACAUACAUAUGGUGAAUCCUUAGCUUCAUGUAUUGAAGGACCAACUUUAGAUGAGGGUGCAGAGAUCGAUAGCCAUUUUAAUGAAGUCAACAAUUUUAAGAAACAACGAUCAAAUUCUAAAAGCCGCUCACGUUCACCCUAUCAACCUCUUUCGCCAAAAUCUUUGGCCCCUCUUGUCAUCCCAUCUAGAAAUGCGCCAAUGCCACAAAGAGUGCGUACUAAAUCCUCACCAAGUACACUUAGAUCACCAACACCACCACAAGUUCCACCAAAGUCGGCUAGAAUGAUGGAGCAAUCCCCACAUCAUAAAUGUUCUCCUUUCACCCCUUCAUCCUCGAUGAGCCUUUCUACUACAGCAACCACACCAAGUUCAGAACUAGAAGGACGUUCAUCUCCAAAGCCUUGGAUCAACACCGGUCGAUCAUCCCCAAAACCAUGGAUGAUGAAUUUUUUCUCCGGACGAUCCUCGCCCAAACUCGGGAAAAAUGGCUCAAGCAUCAUGCAACAACAAAGUGUGAAUUCCAGCAUAACCACUCUUCCUCUCCCAACCCCACGGCGACGCUCUCCAGGCCAUUCCCGCAACCAAUCCGAAACAAUUCCUACGCAGCAGCAACGAUCCGAAUCUUUCUCCAACGGUGCAUCUCAUCGACGCCGAGAAUCUGAAUCCAGCACUUCGAUAAUGGAUCGAGGAAGACCAAAGAAACGUUCGGAUGGAUCACCUAUCAAGGCUACAUCUUCCAAGCGAGCUCCCACUUUGGAGGAACAAUUAGCCUUUGAACAUUUACCUCAGGGAGUGAAGGCUGCUCAAGCGAGCUCCAAAUUAACGCAAACGGAAAUGGAGACGCUUAGAUGUCAGGCUAUUGGACAAGUGUGUAGAUUUGAAGUUCUCAAUUCAAAAGACGUGGAUGAUCUUUCAAGGGAACUCCGCGCCCUAGACGAACGCUGUCUUUACCUCCGCAAAACGCACCGUUCUCUACGAGCCGGUCGUCGCAACCUUCACGAUCGCAUCUGUACCUAUCUCCGCUCCCCACGCACUGCCAAAUUCUCCCACGAUUCCAUUCUCAAACAAGAAGAAGCGCUCGCAGAACUGGACUCCUCAAUCGACGACUGGGUAUCCAAACUCGACCAAGCCGAAAACAGACGUACACGCGUGCGACAAAAGUUACUCGAACAUGUCGCCGCUGCAGUAUUCAUGCCCAUAACCGAUCCUAGUAACACCAUAGCCAGAGAAUCCACGAAUAUAAAUACCAUCACCCCACCACGAAGUCCGCCUCGAAGCCCCAUCAAGGGAAUUAUCACACCUAUUUUAGAAACACACCCCGAAGUCGAUAUCGAAGCUGAACCUGAAGUGGAACGACGACUCUCCGAAGCAGAAAUUAGACAGAAAAAAGAACAUCGUCAUAAAGCUGUAGAAUCUAUUCGUAUCUAUGCAGAUUCAGAUGUUUUUGCACUGUUGGCUGAUGUAGAAGAUGAGAUUAAUAGGAUGGGUGAUUCGCCUUCUUCUGAGGAUGUCCCGUCUAUUCUAGAAGAGAAGAUUGCAGUAUCUUCUGAUGCGCAUUCUCCUCGUAGGGAAAAAUCUCCUCAGGAUUCCACACCUGAUCCGCGUUUUUCGUCUGUGGUCGCUCCUAUGUCGCCGUUUUUACUUCGGCCAAUGGUUUUUACUAUGCCUUCUGGAAAAUCAGGUGUUAAAGUUUAG